AUGGAGCAAGUGAAACUUAUCGUGCUUUACGAAAACCAGGAUAUCCUGAUGCUUAACGCAGAAAACGAGCGUUGCGAAAUGAAAUUCGAAACAACUUUAAAAGAUGAAGAAAAGAAAUUGUACAUGCUAAAAAAUGGAAGUUUCCUUGUUUUAAGUGUGAACAAAAAAAUGGUGUCGAAAUAUAUAUGUGGGAAAAGUAGUCCAAUUUGCACAAAACAUGUGAGGGUACAACAGUUGAAUGUGAUAAAAGUAACACAAAAUGAAAAAAUAAUUCUAGGAGGAGAUAAAUUUGGAAAUAUUUACAUAUGGUCAUCCCUUUCAGGAUUAUUAAUAAAUACAUUUCAAGCUCAUUACGGUAUUGUGAAGGAUAUAUUAAUAGAUCAAAUACUGAAUGUUAUAUAUACAUAUAGUGAUGACAACAUAAUAAAUGUAUAUAAUUUACCUGACCUGUUCAGAAAAAAAAAAAAAAUAAUUCCAAUGCUACGUUAUCAACAUAGUAUAAAUUCAAGCAUAAAACAAAUCAUUUCAAUCACUCCAAAUAUGUAUAGUUCAUACUAUUCUUUGAUAACCUUAACAAGGAAUGGGAAUAUACACAUUUGGGGAUUAAAAUCAAAGGAUCCAAUACAUAUAUUAAAAACACAGUCUGAAAAUUGUACCUACAUUUGCACAAAUGAUCCUUUCAAUACACAUUUAUACCUGUGCAAGGGAAAUAAAAUUUUCCGUAUACCUUUGAUGCAAAUUGCAAAAAAAAAUAAAAUCAACUCCUCUACUCUACAUGAAAACCAAAAUACUCCUCUUGAAAGUAAAGAAGAUAUAAAACUUUCCAUUUAUGGGGAUUAUAUACAAGUACGAAAUGGAAAGAUAAAUCAAAGUGAAGGACAAAAUAGAACUACACAAUUUGUACCGUGUAAGGAUGACCACCAUGAUGAAUCUUUUGUAAACUUUAAAAAAUGCACAGCAUUCAUAGGUCACAAAAAUGAAGUAUUGAAAUGCCACGUUAAUAACAAAAAAGAAAUUAUGAUAACUCUAGCAAGAGAUGGUAUUAAAUUAUGGGAUAUAUACAAUUGUUAUGUUGUUAAGACAUUGAAAUAUGGAGAAAACAUAAUUGAUUUUUUUGUACCAACCAUUACUAAGCAAUUUCUUCAUACCUCUUCUUAUUUUAUUGAAUUCCCACAUUUAUUGCAUGAAUGUGAAGAUGAUGUUGUGGUAAAUAUUGUCGAUCUUGUCACACCUAAUGUGAUUGAAGAUAGUUAUAAUAAUAGCCCCCUUUCCCACUCGGAUGAAAAUUUGCUACUUCACAUGGCCACUAUGUUUUCUGGGCGAGAAAUCUAG